AUAAAAUUGGCAACUAUGCGGAACAAGCGAGGUGUGCAAGUAGUUCGGUACGCAGAAUAGUACCUCGACAUCAGCGACAUCAGCCUUUGACAUUGGAAGAUUUCAGAAAACAAUAAUAAAUUCAUCUGACUAUAAAAGAAAUACAUAGUUCAAUAGCUCCGGAGUGACAAACCGGAUUGUUGUUGGGAUGUAAACAAAUCCCCGAGGCGAAAAUUUCGGGAAUGAAUUGAUUUCUUGACGGUGGAAGAUCUAGCAUGGGAUGGAAGCAACCGAGUUAUUAAUGAAAAUAUGUGGAGAUGAAUACUAAAAUUAUUACUCAUGGUGAACCAGGGAAAUUACUAGGCAACACAAGAAAUUGUCCAUAUCAGGUUCCCAAAUUGUUCAGUGACAUGGAAGAUGCUGACUACUAUAUACAGGCAGCCAAACGACUACAGAAGAUACAAAUUAAAAAUUAUAGUUAUUCCGUGGUAUUAAUGUGUUGUUUGUUAGCUAAAUACACCGUUAAAAACAAGCCCUUUCUUGGGAAAUGGCCAAUGGGCCGGUCUAGUCAUUUUUGUCAAUAA